UUCUGGGACGAAUUGAGGUAGAUUCGACCCCAAAACACACGUGUAGAAGAGCACAUGGUGAAGCACACAAAAUGGUUAAACAGAAUAAUAAAACACAGUCAAUGAAAUCUAAGACACCUCCAAUAUCACAGAGAACUCGACAGAAAACUCAAGACUUCCCCAAGUCAGCUCCUCCACCAAGGAAGAAGACAGCCUAUGAAGAUAGUGAUGGUAGUGAUAGUGGCAAUGAUCAGGAUUUGGUAAAACCUGUAGAUUUGUUUCAAAAUGGAAAACAUGAAAGUGAUGAAGAUGAGGAAGUUGAAUUCAAACACAAAAAACCACAGAGAGUCAACACACCUGCACCAAAAACUCCAAAGGUUAAACCAGAUACUGAAAAGAAAGGUAAAGAAACCCCGGUCACGGCUAAAACACCAAAAGGCCAACAAGAAAACAAGAUAGCUACAGCUGGGAAAACUCCAAAAGGCCAAGCGACACCAGUUGUUGGGAAAACUCCAAAAGGCCAAGCAACACCUGUUGUUGGGAAAACUCCAAAAGGCCAAGCAACACCAGUUGUUGGGAAAACUCCAAAAGGCCAAGCAACACCAGUGGUUGGGAAAACUCCAAAAGGCCAAGCAACACCAGUGGUUGGGAAAACACCAAAAGGCCAAGCAACACCAGUGGUUGGGAAAACACCUAAAGGCCAAGCAACACCAGUGGUUGGGAAAACUCCAAAAGGCCAAGCAACACCAGUGGUUGGGAAAACACCAAAAGGUCAGCCAAGCACAGCAUUGAAAACCCCAUCUGCAGGAAAAACACCUAAAACCCAACAAGUUGGAGUAAAAGGUACACCUGCUGCUGGUAAAACACCUAAAGAUGUUCAACUUAAAGAGCAGUCUUCACCUACUCCUGGAAAGACUCCACAAAAACAAGAGAAGAAAUUGUCAGCAGCAACACCAAAAGGGGGCAAAACACCUAAGUCACAAACACCAGCAGGGAAAGCUAAAAGGAAAGAGGAGUUGGUGGAUGAUAAUGAGGACGACGAUGAUGAUGAUGAUGAAAUAGAUGAUUUUGAAGUUGAUGAUGAUGAUGAUAGUGAUAUAGACGAGGACGAUGAUGAUGAAGAUGAUGAUGAUGAUGACAGUGAAGAUGAGGAUGGAAGUGGUGGGACUAAAAAAUCUUUACUGGAAAAGUUCAAACAAGAAUUGAAAAAUAAAAUGAAAGAUGGGGAAGAGGAUGAUGACGAGGAUGAUGAGGAUUUUGAUGAAGAUGAUGAGGAGGACAGUGAUGAUGAUGAUGAAGAAAGCUUUGAUGAAGCUGAACUAGAAAAACUGUUAUUAGAAAAAGCCAUGGCAAAUGUUAAAUCUGAAAAGAGUACAGAUACAAAAUUGACAAAGUUGAAACAAAAAGUAGAAACUGAAAAACAAAACUCUAAUAAAAAAGUGCAAUCACAAAAAAAAGUGACAAUUUCUAAAAGUGAAACAGCAUCAAGUGGAAACAAAAAUAAAUCUGAAACAGAACCAAGUAAAAAGACAGAGAUAACAAUUAGUCAAGUGACAGAAGUUUAUAGCAACCAGAAUGCUGAAAGACGGGAGGAAAUGGACAAGAGAACUCUGUAUGUUGGAAAAUUUAAGUCUUUUCCAAAGGAGGAGGAUUUAAAGAAACUAUCUAAAGAUAUCCAGAGUAUAAGAAUUAGACGGAGUUUUCAUGCUAAUCGACAAAUGUUUAGUUAUGGUUUUCUUGAGUUUGCCAGUGAAAAGUUAGCUGAGAAAAACUUCAGUCUAAUAAAGGAUAAGAAAAUUGAUGGAAACGAAAUACAAGUGGACUAUGUUGGCAGUAAAAGUUUAAAUAAUAAGCGAGUAGAAAAAGAUCAAGGUUCCCUUGAUCCGUUACGAUUAUAUGUUUCUGGGUAUAAAGUUGGUACAACAGAACCACAGCUGAGAAAACUAUUCACUAAAGCUACAAGAAUAGACAUUCCUAAGAGAAAGGAUGGUAAACACUUUGGAUACUGCUUUGUUCAUUUCGCUUCUGAAAAUGCUGCUAAAUCUGCCUUUGAAAAAGUACAAGGACAAGAAUUAGAUGGAUAUAAAAUAUGUGCUUAUUUUGCAAGAAAUAAAGUUCCAAAAGUAGAAACCAAGAAAAGGAAACUGGACUCAGAUGUCAAAGGUCCACAGGUGAAAAAGGCUAAAAUAGAUGAUGAUGAUGAUGAUGACGAUGAUGAAGAUAGUGAAGAUGAUGAUGACGACGACGACGAUGAUGAUGAUGAUGACGAGGAGGAUGACGACGACGAUGAUGAUAGUGAAGAUGGAAGUGAAUAGAUGGUUAAAAGGAUUUUAAAGAAAUCAACUUCUUUUUUGUAAAAGAUUAUAGCGUGAUAGAGCAUUGUCUUUUAAUUUCAGGAUUUGAGUUUAUCCAGAAAUUCUUUAAAAAAAAAGAUAAACUGAUGUAGGGGGCGAGAGAUCAGAACACAUACAUUUUAAUGUGUUCUUUAGAUAAAAAUACAUUGUGCAUUUUACUUUUUAAGCAAUGGUCAUAAGAUCCAGUGUAUUAUUUUUUUUAUAAUCUUGCUUUAUGGAUUAUAUACAGGUAGCUGGGAUGUCUUCCUCCAUACUGGAUUUUCAAAUAGCAGAUAAUGAUUGAAAUGUGCAAACUUUGAGAAUAGAAUGAAAUUCAUGUGGAAGACUUUUUAUUCUAAUAAAGAAAAGUUAAUUUUGUCAUAUUUUCAGCUGUAUUGUACAAAAAAAAACAGAACAAUUUAGUUUUAUUAUUAUUUCUUCCAACUUUGCCAUAUUAGGAAAGAUAAAGUAAGUAACAUUUGAAGUAUAAUGUGUUUAUGACUGUACCUAUUUUAUUAUACAGCAAACUAGCCUGGUAACCCUUUUUUUGGAUUUCUUAACUAAAAGCAUAUUAUUAGAGUUAUCAUGUCAUAUUUUAUCUUAAAACUAUAUGAUAAAGUUUUCAAUUUUACUUGCAAAAUUGGGUUUUCAAUGCAUAUUCUACACAAAAUCUGAAUACUUAUAGCAUGAAAAACGCCUGGUGUGUUUUAUUUUAUUUUUGAAAAAACAGUUUAACAAAUUAUUCAAAAAAACCUAUGGAUUUUGAUUAAGACAAUCUACCAUAAGAUUGUGUGUAUUCAUUGAUAAGAAAGAGUCAUUCAUUUUAUAUAUAGAUACAAAUAAUAUAUCAGAUUUUGCAAAUGACAAAAUAGAUGUACAAUUUCUGAAUAGAAAUAGAACUAUCAUGCAUAUGUAAAAUAUUUCUUUUUCACAUAAUUUUAUCAGUUGUUUUUUUCGUUUUUUAAUGCAUGUUGUGAUUCUUUUAAAGAGUUACAAGAACUUUUAAUUAAAUUGUACAUUUUAAUUAUAUGAAUAAACAGUGAAGCUUAGAUUGUUGAGAUACUGUAAAUUCAGAAAUUAUUGCUAAUAAUUUGACAGAGUUGUAAAUGCAAUAAUUAAAACUCGCAAUUUGAUAUAUUUUUACUGAAUUAAACAUGAAUUUUCUCAAAAUCGUAAAAAUUAAAAUCGCAUUCAAGUGUAAAAUGACAAAAUCGCAAUAAUUUCUGAAUUUACAGUAACCUCAAAGAAUUAUUUCACCUUUAUUUUAUAUGUAGUCAGCAUUUACUCAAUGCAUUGUAUCAAUCUGUUCAAAGUUCUUUUAAUUCAUAUUCAAAACUGUAUCUUGAUUAUUGUUAAGACACCAUCAAAGAAUAUUACUGUUUGUAACAUUUUCAAUUUCUUUGAUCAUGACAAAUAUCAUAAAAUAUCAAAUAAAAUGUUAUAUAUUAUCA